ACCCAGGUAGUGGUAGUGUUGUCACGGCAUCCGGCCAUUUCACGGGUCCACGACGGUGCGCGAUAGAAUUGGUCCACCACGCCCGUACUCGGUACGCCUGAGACCGUGCCCCCCCCCCCCUCGUCGCUGCCGCAGCCCCCGCCGGAGAAGAUGGCCGAGAAGCCGGCGGGACCCACACCCAGGACGAGGACCCGGGGUGGCCUCGCCUCCUCAGCGCCCUCCUCCAGAAGGCUCUCUUCGAUAUCCUACACCGAGACUCCAAAUCAGACCAAGAAGGUUCCUGACCCAAAGGUUGCGAGGACAAUAAGAGCCACACCUGCCAAGAAGCGGCCACAAGUGGAUCAAGCACAGAAGCGGAGAGAAGAGCUUGCUGCUCUGCAGGAGCAGCUUAGUGGCCUGCAAAGAAAGUUGCUUGAGAAAGAUGAAGCUUUGAGAUCUGCGGAGAACUUGAUUGGCCGAAUCAGUGCGGCAAAUGAAGCAAUUGAUGAAUUGAGGGGCCAGCUUUCUGAGAAGGAAUCGCUGAUCGAAUCUACUGGUUCCGAGUUGCAUGGCGCAAAGAUCAUGCUAGCAGAGAAGCAGGCAGCACUGGAGAAAUUAGAAUGGGAGGCAAAGGUAUCAAAUACGAAGGUGGAAGAACUCCAAGUCAAUGUAGCUUCUAUGGAUGUUGAAGUUUCUGCUUUCAUGAAGUUGUUUAGGACAAUAACAGAGAAUGACCAAGCCCCUUAUCCCAGGGAUAGGACUGACGAUUCAUCUUUGGAAUGCGAGCCAGUUCAAUUUGAUGAGGAGGUUGGUGAUAUUGAUGUUGAGAAGAUGGAGCAGGAAAUGUCGGCCUACAUCUCGGCUCUUGCUGCCGCAAAAGAGAACCCUACUGAUGAGUUCCUGAAAGCAGUAACCGAGGCAAGAUUAAGACUUCAAGCUUUUGUACUCUAACCAGGUCGAAGUGCUAUGUGACAGAAGGAGCAACUUCAUAUGCUCGUUGAUAACUGCUCGCUCGAGGUCUUGCAUCGCAGAGGAUUCAUGCCUGUGUUCUCUCAUUUUGGAUCUGAUGGAGGCCUCUGAGCUUUCUGUUACUUGUAACGCUAUGUACCGUGGUGUACGUGACGGAAUCUCUUAAUAGAUGUCAUCGUGUACCUUUUUAAUAGUGAACUUACAAGAUGGUUCAGCUUGUCUGAAUGACCGAAAAUUUCUUGUUUUCUGUCG